GGUCAACAGUUAACAUUUGAAACCGGCACGUGUGUCACAGUAACGUCUAGUCGCGAGUGUUGUGGUGCGUAGCCGUCGUUGUUACUUUGGAUGUAAAUUUUAAUUAAAGGAUUGUACCUUUUACAAUUUAUGUCAUAAUUUAUGCAAACGUUUAUGUUUACUUAUGGUGACCGUUAGUAUUGUUUGCAGAGAAAAAUAUAAAAUUUUACUGUAAGGACUAUUUACAUUGAAACUUCUGAAAGCAGUAUAUUUCUGUUAAGUCAAUUCUUCAUUAACCAGGUUUAGCAAUGCCACCUGGUGUAACGGUAGCUACCAGUUCAAUAUCGUCUGGUUACGCAGCCUGUUCCAUCAUCAACAUGGAUAGACAGUUAGAUUCAACUCGAGCGGGUCGUGAACAUUUUUCGGAACCCUCAGACUUUCACUUGAGCAGUGCCAGUAGCAGCAGCAGUAGUAGCGCUGGUAGUGGGGAAAGCGCUGAACUUUCAGACAAAGAACAAAUUCAAGUUGAAUCUUGUUACAGAGGGUUGAAAACGCAGGUGUACGUCUGUGGAUCAAUGGCCAACUUGUACUUGCACAACAACUCCUCGACGGCAGAAGGCUCAUGGGAUUUAAAAUUCACCGGCAUUCCAGUAGUUUUGUACGAUAGCGGCGAGACUCGUUCGCGGGAUAAACCUCGUAUUCAGAUAUUGUUGGUGGAACGAGGAACUUGUUUUGCAUUGUGGCAGGAUACUAUUGAUAAUUUAACGUCGUACAAGGUGUCCAGUCAAGGAUUCCAUACCAUGUGUCUGUCUACCGACCAUACGCAGCAUAUCGGCUUGAGCUUCGAUUGUGCCGAAGCCGCUCAACAGUUAUGGACACACAUCGACCGCCUUACAUCGGACCCAGAGAAUAUUCAGUUGUCAGGACCAGGUAGCCGAUCAAAGCACGGCCGCAAACAAAAGAACAAAACCACUCCGGUUCGUCGUCUCCCCGACAAAUCGCACAUAUCGCAGCCUUGCUGUUUCGAACACAUCACAAACGUCGAGGUGGCCGACAAGUCCAGAUACUUCUCGUUGCAGAACUUGUUGCCUACGCCGGCCAUGACAGUGGAGUCACUGGCAGACGUUUGAAUACAUCUGCCUAAUGCUCAUUUCUUCAACGGUCUCUCCUUCGCAUAGACUAUAAUAUUUAUCAUAAUAGAGAUCUCUGAUGUGAUCAAACUUGUUUUAUUGGAUUAUACUGAAAAACAAUUGUUGAUCAAGGAAAAUUAUUGUCGUGACCUCAUAAAUUAAAUAAACGGCUUCCCGUGUAAAAAAAUCAUCUAUUUGUCUUUAUAAACAAUUCUUUCAUAAUUAUGUUUUUCUAAUAUGUUAUAGCCUA